CUAAGUUCCAGCUGUGCUGACCACCUUCUUUGUCAAGAUCCCAGGCUGUGUUUGGAGGUUGUUCUUCCCAGUUCAGCUGUGGUGGAAGCGAGUCAGGCCGCUUCAUGGACGUCGACGCAGAGAGUGUGAAGAGAGAGUCUUUGAAAAGGGAGUUGCAGACGCUACAGGCACAGCCCGUCAAUUCGCGCUACGCUUUGCACCGACGGCGGGUGGUGCUGAGAUCUCUAGAGCUGUUGGAGAUUGCUGGCCAGGAGCGUACAGCGGCCCAAGCUGCGGAGUUAGAGCAGCUCUUGAGUAACCUGUCGCUCUAGAGGCCUCUGAAAGAACAGGUCUUCUAGGGAUUGAGGGGUGUGGUGGUCUUUAGUAACGUGGCAGCAAUCGCAAGAUGCUGGAAGGCUGCUAGUGUAGGAAAACCCUAAAUGCCUAAGAUCUCUUGGGGACUCUUCGCAUAGCAUUACAAAGUCGAGAAGCAGAGAGGUUUUGGACUCUCUGUCGUCCAAAAGCUCCAUAGCAGCGUCUCGGGAAGCCCUGCUCAAUCAGCCGCCCCCAGUCCCUUUACACACACCACAAAAGCUAGCCCCCCCAUGGAAGUACUCUUGCCCAACCCCGACCCUCUGGGUGGCCCCCCAGUAGACAGCCGUAGUUUUGAUCGUACCGGGGGGCAAGCCAGCACUUCGUACGAUAGUUUCGGCGCGUGGCGGGUGCAGCAGUAUGUGAACAUUCUGCAGCCCCAGCGGCCGUGGCUGGGGCUCUACAACUCGUUCGUGAAGGUGACGGCGCCAGCUGUCGGCGUGCGAGGGGUGCAGGACCAGGCGCUGUUGCACAAGAUGCUGCCAGAGGACUUUCUGUUUGAGGUAUUCGCGCGCGCUUCUCCCUACACCCUGGGUCGCGCCAUGUGCGUGUGCCGCAAGUGGCGCUACAUGAUCCGGCACAACCCCGCGCUCUGGCAGGCCGCCUGCCUCAAGGCCUGGCAGACCAUAAGCUAUGCCGAGAACGUGCGCUUAUGCCGGGCACAGUACGAGGGCAGCUGGCGGAAGAUGUUUCUGGAGCGGCCGCGGUUGCGCACCGACGGGGUCUAUGUCAGCAGGAACACGUAUGUCAAGGCGGGGGUCGCGGAGUGGACCGCGCGAAAGUCAGUGCAUGUGGUGGUGUGGUUCCGGUACCUGCGGUUUACUCCGGGGGGCAGAAUCCUGUACAAAACGUCCCCCCAUCGGCUGGCCCUCGUGUACAAAAACCUGCUAGGCCUGCGGUCAAACCCAGCGGAGAUGAUCUACGGCGGCCGGUUCUCACUGAAAGACGACGAGGUCGAGGCGGCUAUCAAAUACCCGGGGUCCCGACCGACUGUGCUCCGGCUGAAGGUGAAAGUCCGGGGAACUAUCCCGGGCGCUUGGAACCGGCUUGACAUCAAGUCAAUCAUCACCACCGGGCUGGAAGUGAAGCCCGGGGACGAAGAGGAAAACGUGCUGUACGAGACGGAGGACUGGGACGAGGAUUACUCGGCCAAUCAGGACGUGCCAGCUGUCAACCACAAGCGGGGCCUGAUGGCGUUCGUGUUCGUGCCGUUUGAGGAGGCGGAGACGUCGGUGCUGAACCUGCCGAUCGAUAAGAUGGAUUACUACGUGCCAGGAUAAGGUGUGAGAUGAGUGGGGGGGUCUGAGUUUUGGUUAGUCGGUAACCAGGAUCGAGGUCACUGGGCCGAUUGUGUAUCAUCCUGUAUAUAUUGUCUGUGAUUCCGUUCGAGUAGCUGUUUCGAAUCUCGUACGGCGCUGUUAUCAGAUAUCUCCCGAGCAUAAUUAUGAGUGCAUUGAUGCAACUAUGACAUUGAAGUUUAUGAAGCCCUGCGUUGACAUAGGUUUUUUGACUUGCUCUGCUUGCAUCAUUAUUAUUUCCGGUUGCAGUGCUCGACGGGCGCUGCAUAUGUCUGUCACAAAUUUAGUCGAGUCGGGGAGUACGGUUAUG